AUGCCAUGUGAACCACUUCCUCGCUGUGCUGCGAAUGAGAACGAGGUCGAGGUCGACGGGGAGACAUCGAAAAUCUGCAAUGAAAAGCAGCAACCUACUUCACCCACUACUUUGGGAAAGGAGAUGGCAAAUUUUGCUUUCAGACUAAGUGAAGUAGGGAAGACCUUUACAGAAGUGCAAAUAUUGGGCAAGUGUGCUGGAGCUGUUGGAAACUACAAUGCACAUAAAGUUGCAUAUCCUGAUAUUGAUUGGCCAACUGUUGUAGCUAAGUUCGUGACCUAUUUGGGGUUAGGUUUCAACCCUUACGUGACACAGAUUGAGCCGCAUGACUAUAUCGCAAAGCUUUUCAAUACAGUUGUUCAGUUUAAUAACAUCCUGACUGAUUUUGAUCAGGACAUAUGGAGCUAUAUUUUGUUAGGUUGUUUUAAGCAGAUGACCAAGGUUGGGGAGAUUGGAUCUUCAACUAUGCCUCAUAAAGGUAAUCCCAUUGAUUUUGAGAAUAGUGAGGGCAACUUGUGUUUGGCUAAUGCUAUUUUAUCUGCUAGCUCCCAGCUCGAAAUUGCCAAUCUCUCGUAUGCAGAGGGAUUUGACCGAUUCCACUAUUUUGAGGAAUUUGGGUAUUGGAUCUGGGUAUUCUCUCUUGGCAUACAAAAGUGCACUACAAGGAAUCCGAAAGCUUCAGGAAAUGUGCCGCUGUCGUCGUUCUUUGCUUCAUGUAUGUUGUUUGUUCUGUUCUUGCUUUAA